AUGUCGGCGGAUCAAGUAGCGAAGCGGCUAGAUGGUGUACCCGUGUACACUGUGACUAACACUGCAAGCGAGUUCGUGCUUAUAUCGGAUAUGGGAGGGAACAAGUCGCUCGGGCUGUUCUGUUUCAGGAGAAAAGAUGCUGAGAUGCUGCUGGCACAGGUGAAGGAUCGCGAGCCGUCACUUGGGCGAGGAGCGAAGGUGGUGCCAGUGUCACUGGACAAGGUGUACCAACUGUCAGCUGAGGGGAUUGCGUUCCGCUUCCUGCCUGACCCCACUCAAGUCAAGCACGCCCUUCAGGUCUUGUCGGCAUCUGGAGACACAGCACGGGCAUUUGAUGGGGUUCCUGUCUUUCAGUCGGAGAAUCUUAUCCUUCGCAGCAAGAACAGGCGCUUUUGCCCCGUCUUUUUCAACAAGGAGGAUCUGGAUGCUGCGCUGAAGAAGGCAAUAAAGCAGAAGCAGGCAGUGAACCCCAACAUGCGAGUCACCAACAACAUCCAGGUUGGCAGUUUUGAAGAAGUGCUUAAAAUGCUUGAGCCUAAAUUGCUGUCUUUCCUCCCACUCCCCUUGCAGCGGAACGACGAGGACUCGUUGUGGGGGGACCUGCUCUUUAUCCCACCGGGCAUGGAUGCAGAGGGGUUACUAGGCAAGGCAGUGGCAGCAUCACCGCCACAACCUCCUGUCCUCUGCUAG